UCACAACCAGAGCUCCAGAGGAGGAGGACGGCACGCACAGCCUCUCUGUGGCCGCUCAGCUCGCUCUCACCUCCGGCUUCUUGUCUCGCUUUCCCCCCUCGUCUCGCGGCUCUCCAUGGCGGCCAAAAACCGAAAGCAGGCGGGAAAAAACGACAAGACCUCCACGCUCGCUUCUUCCAGCGGCAAAAGCAACGCCAGGCGAGCCGCCUCUUCCUCCUCCUCCGCCGCUGGAAGGGAUGCCAAAGCCGCGAACGGGCUAUCGGGCAUUCGGCAAAAGCUGGGGCUAACUCACUCCGGAGCGGCCGGGCUCGGACUCACGCUUUUUCUCGCUGCUCUGAGCGGAUAUCUUCACUGGUUUCAUCUCACGCAGCUCUUUGAGAAUGACCGACACUUCUCGCACUUGUCCAACCUGGAGAAAGAAAUGGCUUUCCGCACAGAAAUGGGCUUGUACUACUCGUACUACAAGACCAUCAUUGAAGCGCCCACCUUCCUGCAGGGACUUCACAUGAUCAUGAAUGACAGAUUGACCGAGUACCCUUUGGUCAUAAACACGUUAAAGCGCUUCAACCUCUACCCUGAGGUGGUUCUAGCCAGCUGGUACCGGGUUUACACGGGUGUCAUGGGCUACUUUGGCGUUCCCACAAAAAUGUGCUGGUCCAUCAAUAGAGGAGAAGGUCUGACGCCGGUGGACAGUUGUGAAGGCUUGGGCGACCCAGCUUAUUUCUACGUGGCGUGCGUCUUCCUACUGAAUGGUGUGAUGAUGACCCUUUUUUUCCUGUAUGGCACCUACCUCAGCGGCAGCCGACUCGGUGGCAUCAUGACUACCGUGUGUUUCUUCUUCAAUCAUGGCGAGAGUACUCGUGUCAUGUGGACUCCUCCUCUAAGGGAGAGCUUCGCAUACCCAUUCCUGGUCCUCCAGAUGCUGCUGCUCACAUUUAUCUUGAGGACCCGGAGCCCGAGCCGGAUGGCGAUGGUCGCGCUGGGGGUAUCCACGCUGUGCUUCAUGCUGCCGUGGCAGUUUGCCCAGUUUGUGCUGCUCACGCAAGUGGCUUCCUUGUUUGCUACCUUCAUCCUGGGCUACCUCGAUGCGGCUAAAAUGCAGUCAGUGCUGGUCACUCACUUGGUCGCACUGGCAUUCUGCUUCGCGCUCAUGUUCGGCAACGCCAUGCUGCUCACAUCCUUUUACGCCUCGUCGCUUGUCUCAAUCUGGGCUAUCGUUGCGUUGAGGGAUCAAUUCACUCGGAUUUUCGGGAAUGGGCUAGUCUUUUGGGUCAUGCAAGCUUUGAUUUGGGUGGGUUCCACUGUUCUGCUCAAAUUCCUGCUGUCUACUAUUCUCGGUGCUUCAGAUGACGCUCACAUCAGCGGCCUGAUUAAAUCCAAGUUCACCAGCUAUCAGGACUUCCACACACUCAUGUACACAUGUGCUGCAGAGUUUGACUUCAUGGAGUUGGAGACUCCGACACGCUACCUAAAAACGCUACUGCUACCAGUCAACUUCUUGCUGGUGGUUUUGAUUGCAAAGACAAUCGCGCAGGAUGUUAUCCGCUUCCUUAGAAAUGGAGGAAAGACAUCUAAUGAAAAUCCCAAUCGUAACAACGAAGAAGCUUCAAGGUGUGACGUUGUAACUAAAGGAGAGAUGGCUUAUCACACUCUGCAACUGCUGGCCUUCAGCGUGCUAGCCGCCCUCAUCAUGCGCCUGAAGCUCUUCCUCACGCCGCACAUGUGCAUCGUGGCUUCACUGAUCUGCUCCAGACAGUUGCUGGGCUGGAUUAGGGAUAAGACCAAACAUCGGGCUGGCUUGUUCCUGGUUCUGGCCCUCAUGGCUGUACAGGGGGUGUCCAACCUGCAAUCUCAGUGGAGCAUCAUCGGGGAGUUCAGUAACAUGCCUCAGGAGGAGCUGUUGGAGUGGAUACGGGACAACACGGUCCCUGACGCUGUAUUUGCGGGCGCAAUGCCCACCAUGGCCAGCGUGAAACUGUCUACGGGUCGCCCCAUCGUCAACCACCCCCACUACGAAGACGCUGGUCUGAGGGAAAGAACCAAGCUGGUGUACUCCAUGUACAGCCGCAUGUCUGCAGAUACUGUGAAGAGCAACUUGAACAAGCUAGGAGUGGAUUUUUUUGUUCUUGAAGAUUCUUGGUGUACCAGGAGAACCAGACCAGGCUGCAGCAUGCCAGAGAUCUGGGACGUCGAGGACCCCCAGAACAAGGGCAAAAUUCCUCUGUGCACUCUCAUAUCCAGGCACUCGCAGCCGCACUUCACCACCGUCUUUGCCAAUCACAUUUACAAAGUCCUCAAAGUGCUUAAAGACGCCAGAUAACUGAACUUUUGCUGCUUUUCAACUCAAUCAGAUCCCCCAUUUUAUGCAACGAUGGAAGGAAAGUCGGGUACGGGAUUUCUGUGACCGAUUAAUGAGGAAAGCCGUGGAUUUUUCUUCGGUUUAGUAGCCUCUUUCGAGCGGCAUUCCGUUUAGUUAGUUAGGGUUAUACCUCAGGUACUACCUAGGCGUGUGGAAGAGGCUACUAACAUGAUGAAGCAAUAUGCCUGCAAACAUGUUUUUUAAACCAGUGUUACUGUAGUUUUAUUAUAAUUUAAUUGCAGGAGGUUGAUUUUGUUACAAAAACAUUCAAAGGGUUUACAUAGGAAUUAUUGUAUCAUGCAGUUUCCUUCUUCUGUUUUUUUUUUUUUUUUUGCAAGAAAAGUGCUAAUUUACGGAGCCCCUCAAAAGACAUCGACAGAAGUAAAAUAAAUUUAAGCAAUCUGGUGCGCACCAGAGAGUUUCUGGCGCUCACGAAAAAACAAUCUGGUUAACAUUAGCAUCAUAUAGCAUUUAAGCUUGCGAACUUUUGCUAUGCUAGUCAGUCAAUUGUUGCAAUUGGCAAUUAGCGCAAUUCUGAUAGCUUAAAUGCUAUAUAACUAAUGCUUACCAGAUUGCUUAUGGUGCGCACCAGAAACAAUCACCGGAAACAAUCAAGUUGGCCCAUUGUUGCAAUGGCUAACUUGCAUAGCAAAUAUACGCUAGCUUAAAUGCUUUAUAAUGCUAAUGUUUACCAGAAUUUUUCUGGUGCGCACCAGAUAGUUUCUAGUAAACAUUAGCAUUAUAUAGCAUUUAAGCAAGCAGAUUUUUGCUAUGCAAGUUAGCCAAUUGUUGUUAACAUUAGCAUUAUAUAGCAUUUAAGCUAGAGGACUUUUGCUAUGCAUGUCAGCCAAUUGCAACAAUACAACAAAUGGCUGACUUGCAUUGCAAAAUUUCACUAGCUUAAAUGCUAUAUAAUGCCAAUGUUUACCAGAUUGUUUCUGGUGCGCACCAGAAACAAUCACCAGAAACAAUCGCAACUUGCAUAACAAAAGUACGCUAGCUUAAAUGCUAUAAAAUGCUAAUGUCUACCAGAAACUAUCUGGUGUGCACCGGAAAAAUUCUGGUAAACAUUAGCAUUACCUUAAAUGCUAUAUAAUGCUGGUAAACAUUAGCACUACCUUAAAUGCUAUAUAAUGCUAAUGUUUACCAGAAUUUUUCUGGUGCGCACCAGAUAGUUUCUGGUAAGCAUUAGCAAUAGCUUAAAUGCUAUAUAAUGACAAUGUUUACCAGUAACCAUCUGGUGCGCACCAGAAAAAUUCAGGUAAACAUUAGCAUUAUAUAGCAUUUAAGCUUCCGGACUUUAAAUUAAAAUGACCAGAUCUGGUAAACAUUAACAUUAGCAAAAUGUUUACGGCAUAUGAAGGUGAAUGGCUUCACCUUGCUGGCGUUAAACUGGUCUUUUGGACGUCCGCACAAGUUGAUCCAUUGUUCACAUUUUGUCAGUUUUUGUCUUUGGGAAAGGUAUAAAGAAAACACCCUUAAUAUGUGGACGGUCGUAAAAUCUAGUCCUUUCUACAAGUUCCAUGCCAGCAGUGUUUACUCAGCAUGUUCUUUUUUUGAAAGAUUACCGCUAGAAAACAAGCAGUACUAGCAUGGCUUGUAUGCAAGCGCGCUUCUAUGUUGACCCCAUUCCAGUUUACAAUGGUGACAUCACGCAGCCUUGCGGUCUAAAAAUAGCAGUUGUGAGGUACACUAUUGGCUAAAUUGCCUAGCAAAAGUCUGCUAGCUUAAAUACUAUAUAAUAUUAAUGUUUACAACGCUUGGCAAAUUUGCGUAGCAAAAUCCGCUAGCUUAAAUGCUAUAUAAUGCUAAUGUUUACAACAAUUAGCUAACUUGCAUAGCAAAAGUCCGCUAGCUUAAAUGCUAUUUCAUGCUAAUGUUUACAAGAGAGUUUCUGGUGCGCAAGAGAAACAAUCUUGUGCGCACCAAAUUGCUUAAAUUUAUUUUAUUUCUGUCGAUGUCCCUUUUAGGGUCUGUUUUUCUGCUUUUGUUAUUUUAGCGUUUCAAACUGCCAGACUUACUGUAGCGGUUUAACACGUUAACAGUAGCAACAGCGUGUGGAAGUAAAAUUGUGAAACUUAAAGGAAUGCAACGAGCCAAACGGGAUGAAUCAACGUGCCAAAGCGAGCGCUAGAGGGAAAAAAAAUGUGUACAGAGCUUUUUUAUCAAUGUUUUCGAACCUUUUUAAGUAGUCGCUGUCGACGCGUGUUGCACUUGUCUUUUAUAGUAUUUGUUUUGUAUUGAAAUAAAAUGUGAAAAUUGA